AUGGCGAGCGCCAGCGCAUCGGCGGGCAAUGCCAGCGGCUGCUGCUUGAUGGACGUUGUCAGCAGUGGCCAAGUUACUGCCACCCGUCUUGGCUCUCAGCCCGAAGCCACCAGGAACUGGCGGCAAGCACACAAGACAGGAUGGAAGCUCAUGGAAAACGCAACAUUGUCAUUGUUGGUGCGUUUCAUCUCCCUCUCUCGAUGCUCGGCCCGUCGACGUCCAUGGUCUGCGAGCCACGUCCAGCCGCUGCCUACGCGCAUACCAUACGGUACUACCUGGAGUGGCGGCAUCAUUGGAUGCACGACGGCCUACUAUCUGACUCGCCACCCCAGCUUCAACCGGGACCUUCACGCAGUCACCCUGCUGGAGGCUGCCCCCACCGUCGCCGCUGGCGCUUCCGGAAAGGCCGGCGGACUGCUCGCCUUGUGGGCGUACCCCGACUGCCUCGUCCCGCUCUCCUACAAGCUGCACGCCGAGCUCGCGGCCGAGCACGAGGGGGCACGGCGAUGGGGGUACCGGAAGCUGACGUGCGGUAGCGUCUCCGCCUCCGUCUCAACGGAGCGGAUCGGCGAGCUGCAGAGGGCAACGGGCGCCGAGGGCAUGGCCAAGCCCUGGGAGAAGCUUCCCAAGCAGGACGCGGCCGCUCGGGAGCUGCUGGAAGCGGGCGCCCCGCCCCAAGAUUUGGACUGGCUGGACCGAGACUCCAUCCUGGACUGGUCGGAGAUGGGCGGUCCCGGCACGACGGAGACGUCCCAGGUCCAUCCGCUGCACUUUACCAGCUCCAUGGCCGAGCUCGCUCGGCAAGGCGGCGUGCGGUUGAUGACGCGGGCCAAGGUCACCAAGCUCGUCAGCUCGAAAUCGGGCGUCCAAGCCGUCGAGUACCUGGACAGGCAAACCGGCGAGACGCGAGAGCUGAGGGACGUGACCGACAUUGUCGUCACGGCGGGGCCCUGGACCGGCCGGGUCCUGCCACGGUCCAAGGUCGAGGGCCUGCGGGCGCACAGCGUCGUCUACGAAGCCACCGUCAGCCCCUACGCCGUCUUCACCGACAUCCAACUGCCCAACGACUUUGUGCCGGAGCAUCGGGCGAGGCUGGGCCAGCGGCGGACGCACCGGGGAUCCGUCGACCCCGAGAUUUACGCGAGGCCCUUUGGCGAGGUCUACGCAUGCGGGGAGCCCGACACGGCCGUUCCCUUGCCGGAGACGGCAGACGAGGUCGAGGUCGACGAGGGUCAGUGCGACGACAUCACCUCCUACAUUGCCACCGUGAGCCCGGUGAUUGGCGCGGCGCCCAUCAAGGCGAAGCAGGCAUGCUACCUGCCUCGGCACAUGCGGUUCGGCCAGGAGAGCGGGCCGUUGCUGGGCAAGACGACGGUGCCUGGCCUCUGGGUGGCCGCCGGACACACGUGCUGGGGAAUUCAGAACGGUCCGGCGACGGGAAAGCUCAUGUCGGAGUACAUCCUUGACGGGAGGGCAAAGAGUGCCAACGUCGAAAAGCUCGAUCCCAGGAAGUUUAAGGUGUGA